CCUUAACAGUUCCACACCGCCGCCCCUCUACCAAUCUGCUAUAUAUUUUGCUCUCGUAAAACUAUUCCCGAACUCCACCUCUAUUAUAAUCCGCAGCUAUGGUGAAAGGCAAGGAAUCCCAUCCAAAUUUAGGGUACCUCACCCGCAAAGAAACGGCGGUCAAGCUGCCGAGGCCUACCCGGGUAAAGAAUAAGGCCCCUGCUCCGAUUCAAAUCACCGCGGAGCAAAUUCUCCGCGAGGCAAGGGCGAUACAGAAGGCAGAAAUCCGGGCGCGGAAGCGGAAAAUUACUGAUUCCAGUGAACUUGCGGAGUACACCUUCCAGAAGCGCAAGGAGUUUGAGGACCAAAUCCGCCGUAUGCGGUGGAACAAGGGUGUCUGGGUGAAGUAUGCUAGGUGGGAGGAGUCCCAGAAGGAUUUCAAACGCGUCCGCUCUGUUUGGGAGCGGGCGCUGGAGAUUUUCUAUCGUGAGCCGACAAUUUGGGUUGAGUAUGCGGAGAUGGAGAUGAAGAAUGAGUUCAUAAACCAUGCUCGGAAUGUGUGGGAAAGAGCUGUUGCCCUCUUGCCUAGGGUUGAUCAGCUUUGGUAUAAGUACAUUCACAUGGAAGAGAUGCUGGGGAAUGUUGCGGGUGCUAGGCAGAUAUCCGAGAGGAAGAAGCAAAAGACUUCUUACUGAUGACUAGCUUAUGAACUUAUAAUCAUUUUUAGACUUUUCCAGUUUAGUUUGGAAAAAGCAAAAGAUAUCUGUUGAGAAUGGAUAGCUUCUGAACUUGUAAUUUGGUAAAGGGAUCAUGAAAAUUUUGUUUUUGA